AUGCCCCCACCACAUCCCCCCGUGUUAUCCACUACACACGAGCACGGCCACGACCACGAACACGAUCUCUCAGAUGCGUCUGCUUCUAUUUUGAGAAUAAUCAAACCUCCACUGCCGGGCCGUCGACCAAGAACUGCGCAGUCUCCCAGCAAUGCCGAAGUUCUGGUACCGCCCCUCAUCGCUGGCGCUCUCGUUGCCGCUUUCGCCACUGCACUGGCUGAGGGCUUGAAUAACGAGCUUCUUACCCACUACUACCUCCCUGAACAAAAGUUCCGCAUCAAUAUCGAUAGGGUGUUAGAUCGAUUGUUAUCUGAGUUCACACUCAUGUUGUGGGAUGAACUCUGGGCCUUUUACUGCGAUUCAAAUCCCGACUCCACGGACCAGAUCCAGAAGCUCUUCGAUGGGCCUAUCUGCCAGCUUGUAUUGAUCCUCAAUGGCCCCGAAGCACCUCGAUGUCUGCUGGAUAAACUCGGUCCAGGUAUAUCGAGAAGACCUUCGACAUGGUCAGAGACUGCUCGGGGUAUUGAACUUCCUGUUGCACUUCAACUACUCUGCAGUUACUGGGAUAGGGAAUACCCUGCUCGUUCACCCAGAGGAACACCCACUGAGAUAGCAGCCUCUCUUCAUACAUACAUCACCACAGGAAACUCUGCAAAACAUCUCAUCUCAAGGAUCCGCGAGGUCUUGAUUUCCCCACACUAUGUCCAGAUGCAUCUUAUGGAGUCGGCUCUAUGGCAUAUCCUUAUGAGGCCUCCUUAUCGACCACCUGGAGAUGGAUUCCACGUCGUUCAAUUCAAAUUCGAAUGUCAACUAUUCGGUCCUCUCAGUGGUAUUGGAGAUCCUCAACUAACAAAGAUGGGUUCUUUACCAGCUAUCACUGGCACCGCUAAUGACUGUGUCUACACCACCAUCUCUGAGUACACAGCCAAGCAAUGGCCUAAGUGUGGCGAGCUCCUCCUAGGAUGUAUCGAAGACGCUGUCAAAGAUGCUUCGACAUCUAGCCGCGACGGCCAGCCAUUCACUGGAAUGUCUAUCUGGGACGGAACCGACAAUCCUUUCCUCUGUCCUGGCUUGCGCCUACUGCACCUUGAAGUUGAGGAUAGCUCCAUGCGUCUCACAGUUUCAGCUUGGACACACACCAUGAUAGAGAUACUGCAGCAGAUGGCGUGGACCUGUGCUGCCCUUAGUGCUUCACCAUUCCCUGGCUCUUUGUCUGAAGGUGCAAUCGAAGUGUCGGACUGGCAGUAUAUGGAGGAUUCGAUCUUUGUCGAAUGUGGUCUUUCACACCGACCUGUACCAGAAGGAGAUGGUGCGCCAUGGCUGAAGCAAUUAGCAGGGGCUGCGAUUGCGAAUGGAUUUCCAAUAAGUCAUAUUCGGGCGGAUUCCAAAAUGUCUUGA